AUGGCGAGCCAGAGUCUCCAUGCAAGUGACAAGAUUCUCCGGGUGCAGAAGCUUGGGUUCGGCUCAACGAUCCGAUCGGCGCAAGGACGUUUCCUCCGCUACGGCUUGGUGGCUUGUGUGGUGGUGAUCCUCAGUGCCGGCAUGUGUGCAUCGCAGCCUUUGGGCAGCGACUUUGACUUGCAAGUGAUCGGGGGAUGGAUUGUUUCACUGGAGCGAAAAUACGUGGUCCGGGACCUACCGAAGGACGAUUGCAUAGUUGCUGCAGAUCCGCCACAGGCAAAUCGCACAUCUUCGGAAGCCCAGCUAGGCCGCGGCCACCCGUGGUUUGUGUGCGCAGGUGCUGAUCUUGGCCAACUCCAGCUGCCGCUAUGCUCUCAAAAGGAAGCUUUCAGGAACUCGUGGUUCAAGACACCCAACAGAGCAACAGCAGAUAUGUAG